AAAAUAUAUAAAAUCUCAUAAUUUCCCUGCAAUUACUUAAAAAAAAUCUGAUAUCUGAUUCAAUGGCUUCUCGUCGGCGUAUGCUUUUAAAGGUUAUAAUUCUCGGCGACAGCGGGGUUGGGAAGACAUCUCUCAUGAAUCAGUAUGUUAACCGUAAGUUCAGUAAUCAGUACAAAGCGACGAUUGGAGCCGAUUUUUUGACAAAAGAGUUUCAGUUCGAAGAUAGACUGUUUACAUUGCAGAUAUGGGAUACUGCGGGUCAGGAAAGAUUUCAAAGUUUAGGUGUGGCUUUCUAUCGGGGUGCUGAUUGCUGUGUACUUGUGCAUGAUGUUAAUGUCAUGAAGUCCUUCGAUAAUCUUAACAACUGGCGAGAAGAGUUUCUGAUUCAGGCGAGUCCAUCUGACCCUGAAAACUUUCCGUUUGUUGUGCUGGGAAACAAGGUUGAUGUUGAUGGUGGCAACAGUCGAGUGGUUUCUGAAAAGAAAGCGAAGGCAUGGUGUGCAUCAAAGGGAAACAUACCAUAUUUUGAGACCUCUGCAAAAGAAGGAUUCAAUGUUGAAGCUGCAUUUGAGUGCAUAGCCAAAAAUGCUCUCAAGAAUGAACCUGAAGAAGAAAUCUACCUUCCUGAAACCAUUGAUGUUGCUGGCGGAGGACGGCCACAGAGAUCUACAGGCUGCGAAUGUUAAAUGAGUCAUCAUCAGAUGGGGCUUCAUAUAUCAAAACGCGAAAACAGCUGCAGUAGAUUUCUCAUUCCUAUAUGUUAAAUUUGCAGGUUCUGACGAUUAGUAUUAAACUAGGGAUGAGAGUUGUCAUAUAAAGAUUGGAUUUUGUGUAUCAUAAGUUGGUUAGUGAUCCUCCUCUUGUCUAUUUCUUUCAAUUUACCAAAAGAAAUAAUUGUUGGUUAGUCGAUAGUCAUGUUAAAAAAGUAAUUGUACCAUGCCUCCAACGUCCUAUGUUUAUGCCACCUAUAAUUCUGUAGUAAAUGUGGAACUUCUGUUGAAUUCCUUCUCUUGUUUCUCAU